AUGAACGGCUUCCCGCCGGAGGACCUGAGCCGCGGCGGGGACGCGGCCGCUGCAGUGGCCGCGGUGGUCGCUGCGGCCGCCGCCGCUGCCGCCGCCGCCGCCGCCGCCUCGGCCGCCGGGAACGGGGCGGGAGCGGGUGCAGGGACCGAGCUGCCGGGCGCCGGGCCGGUCUCGGCGGCGGCGGGGCCCCCGGGGGCGGCCGGGCCGGGCCCCGGGCAGCUGUGCUGCCUGCGGGAGGACGGCGAGCGCUGCGGCCGGGCGGCGGGCAACGCCAGCUUCAGCAAGAGGAUCCAGAAGAGCAUCUCCCAGAAGAAGGUGAAGAUCGAGCUGGACAAGAGCGUAAGGCAUCUUUACAUUUGUGAUUAUCAUAAAAAUUUAAUCCAGAGUGUUCGAAACAGAAGAAAGAGAAAAGGGAGUGAUGAUGAUGGAGGAGAUUCACCAGUUCAAGAUAUUGAUACUCCAGAGGUUGAUUUAUACCAAUUACAAGUAAAUACACUUAGGAGAUACAAAAGACACUUCAAACUACCAACCAGACCAGGACUUAAUAAAGCACAACUUGUUGAGAUAGUUGGUUGCCACUUUAGGUCCAUUCCAGUGAAUGAAAAAGACACCUUAACAUAUUUCAUCUAUUCAGUGAAGAAUGACAAGAACAAAUCAGAUGUCAAGGUUGAUAGUGGUAUUCACUAG